AGUCCUCUCAGUUUCACAGGGACUCUGGAAAUUCAAUCUGCUGUGUGUGCGCUUGUGUUAUUUCUCACAGUCUCAUCAACCUGUGACAAGAAGACAUGGGGAGACAAAAGGAGUAUCUGGAUAAACUAUGCCGCUUUUUCCAGAUCCGUAACCUCCUGCUUCGACAAGCCCUGGCAGAGUGCCUCGGCACUCUCAUCCUUGUGAUGUUUGGCUGUGGUGCUGUGGCCCAGAGGGUGUUGAGUGGUGGUUCUCAUGGCUUGUUCCUUACUGUCAACUUUGCCUUCGGCUUUGCUGCCAUGUUAGGCAUCUUGGUCUGUGGCCAAAUAUCAGGUGGCCAUCUCAACCCAGCAGUGACUUUUGCUUUGUGUCUGCUUGGAAGAGAGCGCUGGAGAAAGUUCCCCACGUACUUCCUCUUUCAGACAAUUGGUGCUUUUUUUGGUGCUGCUAUUAUUUUUGGCAUGUACUAUGAUGCCCUGUGGGACCAUCCUGGAAGUUUUAAUGUGACUGGACCUAGAGCCACAGCUGGCAUCUUUGCUACCUACCCUGCAAAGCAUCUCAACCUUGUCAACGGUUUCUUUGAUCAGAUUAUCGGCACAGCAGCACUGAUAGUUUGCAUUCUGGCUAUUGUGGAUCCUUACAACAACCCCAUCCCCCAAGGGCUGGAGGCCUUCACUGUGGGAUUUGUGGUUCUGGUCAUUGGAUUGUCUAUGGGCUUUAAUUCUGGCUAUGCAGUAAAUCCUGCCAGAGACCUUGGACCGCGUCUUUUCACUGCCAUGGCUGGGUGGGGGAGUGCCGUUUUCACGGCUAGAGACUGCUGGUUCCUGAUCCCUAUUUUUGCCCCAUUCCUUGGCGCCCUCAUUGGUGUAAUAAUCUACCAAUUAAUGGUUGGUUUCCACACGGAGGGAGAGGCCCGUGACAAGACAGACAGCACAGCCCAGGAGAAUGUCCGACUCACCAAUGUUGCUUCUAAAGACAACUCUAAAGAGGCGUCCAAAGAAAUGCAUGUUAGAAAUGAGUGUUAGUGUGUCAAAGAAAUGUAGCUAGUCACUUGAAAACAUGCACUUGUAAAUACACAGCAUCACACCAGCAUUUUUACUUCCUACCACAACUAUUUCUGUCUGUCAGGAUUUCUCUUCAGAUAGCUAUCAGGUCACUUUCUUUACUGUCACAUGUUGCUGUAUUAUAGUUUGGGGAAAUGACAGUGUGUAAGUGGAAACACAAAUUCAGAAAGAGAAAUACAUUAACUCUUAAAUGACAUGAACUUCUGUUUUUUUAGUGUCUAUUUAACAGUAUUGCAUGCUUUAUACCAAUUUAAUUUUAGGUAAACAUUUUCAGGUUUUACAUACUCUCUAUCAUGUAUAUUCAGAAAGAUUAAAAUCUUUACUAAUUAUCUUCUGUGCUUUUUUUUUUUUUGGCCCAUUUCAAUGUUAAUAUCUCCCACAAAAGUGAGAUAUAAAAUAGUUAAACAUAACCAUGUUCAAACAUCUGUCUGUAUAUAUCAACUUGAAAAGAAUAUAGUACAGUUCACUUAAUGUAGAUGACACUCAGUAGCAUGAUCAUAUUUGUGUAGACUGUGUCAUCUGUGUUAUCUAGUGUGGUGUGGCUUUAUUCUUCCCACAACAUUCUUCCCUUUAUGGAGGUGAUCUUAAACCAGCUGAAACUGCUGUAUUUUUUUAUAUCCACACUUUAUGCCCUCAAAAAGUCUUUACUAAAUGUAUGAAAUAAAGGUCAUUUGAAGCUAUUAUAUACUUCUACUUUCAUGCUUGAAACUCAUGUUAAAAAUAGUCAUAUAUUACAUACAGAAACACAUCACCUAUGUUCUUUAGUGUCUGAUAUUUUUAUAUCCUGUGUAUUCUUUGUUGGGUGUCAUUUGGGACUUAGAGUGUUUGAAUUUUGUAUGUAGGUUAAGGGAAACUGCUUUUGUAUCAGUACGAUAAAGUUUAUUGUUGCAUAAUUGUGGUUCAUGUUUCUCGCUUGAUUUUUUUUUCCUGUUUGUGCUGGGGGUG